UUAAAAUGCAUAGGCAAAGUGGUAUGACGGCAGCGGAAGGAUUUACUUGUAAUCCUUAAAAAUACGUUGUGCCAACGAAGAAUGUCAGGGACAUCAAAUGUAGAAUCUGCUGAAGGAGUAGUCUCCAAAGUUAAAGUCAAAAAGCAGAUCAAGACUAUCGUGAAGGAUUUGGAGACCAUACUGGGAGACUUGAGGGAUGUAGCCAAGGAACUCAAAGAGGUUGUGCAUGAGAUCGACUCCCUCACGUGUGACCUACAGCUGGAGGAGGAGAUGACAGACAGUUCCAAGACAGACACCCUGAACAGCAGCUCUAGCAGCACCACCACCACCACCACUGCCUCCAGCAUCGACAAGAUCAAGAUCGCCAUCUUUAGGCCCCCGUCUGUCAGCCACGCCAUCCUGACCGUGAUGAAGAAGCCCCACCCUCCGCUGCCCCCUCCCAGGCUGACACCUAUCAAUGCAGAGGAGCGCAACAAGAACCCACUAUCAGGGAGCCUACUAGCCAAGGCUAACGGGACUCUUAUGCGUAAUGGUGUUUUCCCAGGGAAGCCAAACAGAGACUUAUCGUGUUGCAUCUCUAAUAGUACAAAGGAAGAGAGAGGACUUUUGCCUAUGCCUUUGCUACGGCAUGAAAAGACCAAAUGCCCCCAGGCAACCCGGGAGAGGGUCCGAUUCAGUGAAAAGGUCCAGUAUCACGGGUACUGCCCUGACUGUGACCUGCAAUAUGACGUUGACAACACAGAUAUGCACUUACAGACAGAAUUUACUGAUGACAUGAGCCCUGUCCAUCAGUGUUCCUCCUCCUCACCACCAUCCCAGCUCACGUUAGAAAAUGGCGGUCUAAGUGUCAGCCAUAGUUUCCCUCCUACAAAACUGCCUUGUGUGCCUCACUCUAACCCUUCCCUGAAACCACAGAAAACCAUCCUUCGAAAAUCAACCACCACAACGGUUUGAUGUUAAUCACCCUUAAUUUAAAUAUUUCUAAAUAAUUUAUAGUGUUUUCUAUUUCAUGAGCACUUUCUACUCCAGUCAAACGUGGAUUAUCUAAACGAUGAGGAAAAAAGAGCGCUAGAAGACGUGGCCUUGAGCUCAGAAAUGCACAAGGAGAGAA